GUUGGGACAAUUGAGUGGAUGAGGCAACAGAAAAGAGAAGGCAGGAGAGAAAGAAAAGCAAAGCAAAAGAAAGAACAAUGGUUCUUCUCUCUCCUUCUCUCUCCCUCUUCCCUUCCAACCAUGUUCUUCCUCCAAAUAUCCUUCCCAGAGAGCAAGGUAGGAUUGUGAUGCAGCAGCUGAACAAAUGGCAAAUAAGUUCAAGUGGGAACUCAAAACCCAGUUUACAAGAUGGCUUUUGCAGGAGAGAGUUACUGCUGUUUGGCAUUUCUGCUCCAGUUUUACUAGUCUUACCAGCUUCAGGGUCCCUUGCAGAGGAAGACUUGAAAAUGGCUUCAUUUGUUGAUGACAUAAAUUCAUAUUCUUAUCUAUACCCUACGGAGUUGCCAUCCAAGAAGGCCCUUUUCAAGUGGGUGGAAUCGAGAAAGCCAGAGCGUUAUUCAUCAGCUGCACCAUUAUCUCCUGAUGCGCGCCUGCGCAUUGUUUCUGAGCGUGUUGACAUUGUUGAUAAUCUCAUCAUUUCUAUUUCGAUAGGUCCCCCGAAUUCAAAGAUUAUAAAAUCACAAGACAAGAGUACAUGGACUGCGAAAGAUGUUGCUGAUUCUGUUUUGGCUGACAAGUCUGCAUUGCGUGUCACCUCAACUCAGCGGCAGGCUGAGAGUCAAGUCCUGGAUGCACACACUGGUGAAAUUGAUGGUCAGCCAUACUGGUACUAUGAGUACCUUGUUCGCAAAGCACCCACAAAAACUGCUGACGAAUCUACCAAUUAUAGACAUUAUGUGGCCUCAACAACUGAACGAGAUGGUUACCUGUACUCUAUUAAUGCUUCAACCCUCAAUAAGCAGUGGAACAUAGUGGGGCCUAUCUUACAAAAAACAGUAGCUUCAUUUCGCCUUCUCCCUCCCACAGAAAACUACGUUCCUCCAUUCAAGGAUCCGUGGAGAUUCUGGUGACAAGUUCAUUCGAUUUUGUCGUCCCACUAGUGCAAAACUCAAGAUUUUUAAACAGAGUCACUAUAUUCCUGUCGAGAUUUUGGCCUUCAGUUCCAUUACGUUAUCUUCGGGUUCACUAUGAGUAAAGGGUAGUUGACAAAUUUUGUAUGUAACAAUUGGUUGCAUUUUAUUCAUAGCUGAUUGAUUCAGUUGUUUCGGUGUUUUGACAAAUCCCACAUCGGCUGAGAGCAAAGAGUGAGGGUGAGAAGAUUGGUAUAAAAAUGGUGGAGGAGGGAGUUGAAACAUACUUACCUGGACAAGGUCGAUGGGCGAUCAAGAAGGCCCAUGGCCUAGAGUUGGUGACCUCCAUUGCACGUAGGAGGGGUGCCACUCUAUGGUCUCCCUAAGAGGGAGAACCAAUGUCGUAAUUUGUGACAGCGGGGGCCUGCGUUCGCGCGGCCCCUGACUAAA